AUGACUCUAGAGACAUGCUACCCCGUUCAGGAGGAUGUAAAAACAGAGUUAGCUGAGGAACUAUCCAAAAUAAAGGUGGCAGAAUCAGAAGAUUUCACUAAGCCAGUAAAAUUAGAGAAAGAUGAGCAAGUACCGAACUUCGGACAAUACGGUGUUCAAACGUUUCCCAUGCAAGCUCUCACAAAAUGUGAUGAAGAAGAUGAGGGUUUGGAGAAAACAACUGCUUCAAAAGAACCAGGCAUUGUUGACAUAGACUCAGAUGUAAAGGAUCCUCAAACUUGUAGCUUUUGUAUUAGUUUUCCAUUUCAUGUCAACCGUCAACCACAACAGUCACUCAACAUCGAUGACAACGACGAUGACGACGACAACAACAACUUUGAACCCCACUCAGGUGGGGGCUUUGAUCUCAUCUCGGGUCAUCAUCAAAACUCUGGUGAUAUGGCCUCACGCUGCCCCAGAGGCCGACCACCUAGCUCGAUGAACAAGCCAAAGUCAUCGAUGAUCAUCACACGAGAGAGCGCAAACACUCUCCGGGCCCACAUCUUGGAGGUCGGAAGCUGCUGCAACGUCUUUGACUUUGUCGCCACCUAUGCCCGGAAGCGGCAGCGUGGGAUUUGUGUCCUUAGCGGAAGCGGCACCGUCACCAACAUCACGUUUCGGCAGCUCGCCGCAGCCGGAGUCGUGGUGACCCUCCACGAAAGGUUCGAGAUAAUUUCCCUUUCAGGAUCGUUCUUGCCCUCGCCUGCGCCACCGGGCGCCACCAACCUCACUGUAUUUUUGGCCGGUGGACAAGGUCAGGUGGUUGGUGGGAAUGUUGUUGGAGCCUUAAUUGCAGCCGAUCCGACCAUUGUGAUAGCUUCCUCUUUCACGAACGUGACAUAUGACUCAUUUUUUGUUACAUUUUACUCAUUUCAUGUUACGUAAUAUAUCAUUUUAAUUACAUAGCUGCAGAUAAAAAUUUACGUAGCUAAUAUUGUAAAUAAGUUUCAACUUCAUACUAAAAUGACCAUACAACCCCAACUCAUUAUUUUUUGGGACUGACAUUUACAGUUAUAUCCCUUACUUUUCACAGUCAGACCAGCACAAUUUUUCACAUUCGGUUUACAUAACCGAUUCAACAGGUAUAAAGUUUAAAAAAGAAAAACAUCAAAAUUGUUCAUAGCAUGACACUUGACAAAAAGUUUUGGGUCCCACUUGUUGGACUAAGUCCCGUGAGGGACUAAAGAAUUUCCCUACUUUUUAUACCCACAUCACCAAUAACUUUCUAACCGGUUCACACAACCGGCGAUUGCAAGUCAAACGCAAAUGUGAAAAAGAGAUAAACUCCUAUAAAAAUUUGACACUUGACAAAAAAAUGGGCCCCAAACUAAAGGACUCAAUUAUAUGAGGGACUAAAGAAUUCGCCUAUUUAAUAUAAAUAUAUAUAUAUAUUUGUAUAAGUUAGAUUAAAUAAUAAAAUUAAUAAAAAAAGUAACGUAUUUUUUUAAAAUAUAUAUAAAUAUUAAAAAAUUGAAUUAUGUAUUAAAUAUU